AUGCAGGGGUUAUCCAUUGAAAGUUUGAAAAAACACAAAGCAUUGAUCCCACUGUAUGUGUGUGUGGGGGUCGGGUGUGCAGGAGCAAUGUUCUACCUGGGCAGGCUGGCCACACGUAACCCAGAUGUAACAUGGAACAGGAAGACUAACCCUGAGCCCUGGCAAGAGUAUAAAGACAAGCAAUACAAGUUUUACUCUCCGAACAUAGAUUACUCGAAGACGCCCUCGCCCGCUCCCAAGUUUUAA